AAUAAUGAAAAUAGUUUCGUUUUGUUUCUCUUCCCAAAUACAUGAAAAUCUUCUCAAUCACUUCUUGCCGCAUUAACGCUAAUCAUUCGGGCGGAUCGUGCUACUACGGCGACAACGAUCCUUUUUUCUUAAGAAUUCUAGAACAUCUUAGAACCAAUUUUAAGAUCUUUGUGCCUAACUAUGAAUUCCUUUAAGCUACUCCUCCAUCUUGUGUUCAUUUGUCUGUGUUUAGUGAAAUUGAAUUUUGGCCAAUCUUUGGUCCACCACUCUUUGGAUGACGCCCGCUCAGAGCGCCAGCGUUUGGUGCAGAAAUAUAUAAAGACCCUGAAUAAGGAGGAAGGAGCCAUACGUCUAGUUGGUGGAGAUGCAGAAUAUGAAGGUAACAUUGAAGUCCUACACAACAACAAAUGGGGUUCGGUGUGCGAUGACGAAUGGGAUAGCGUCGAGGGUCAAAUUGUUUGCGAACAACUUGGUUUUGCCGGCCUUAAGAAAGUCACACACAGUGGGUAUUUUGGUCCUGCCAAAAGAAGAUUUUGGAUGGACAACAUAUUCUGUGAGGGUCAUGAGAAGGAAUUGACUCACUGCCAUUUUGAUGGUUGGGGUGUAAAUGAUUGCGAACCCAGCGAAGCAGCCGGGGUGAUAUGUAUAGCUCCUGCAGGUCUGGAACCAGAGCCGGAGGUAGUACCCGAAUACUAUGAACCCAAAUAUCGCAUACAUUACACCAACAAAAUGGAUGUGCGCCUAAGGGGUGGCAGAACCCACAAAGAGGGCCGCGUUGAAGUUCGCCUCAACAAUGGCAAAUGGGGCACUAUAUGCUCUGAUGGCUGGGGUCUGUUGGAGGCCAAUGUCGUUUGCCGCCAGCUGGGUCUGGGUUAUGCACGAGAUGCCCUACAAACUGACUUCUUUGGAGGAUCAGACAUCUUUCCUAAUCUCAUAACUGGCACAGAGUGCUAUGGCAAUGAAACCUCAUUGAAUGAGUGCUUGCACCAUGACCAUUUGCGUGGGGUGCUUUCGUGUCACGGACUUCGCAACCAUGUCGCCGUGGUGAUAUGUGAUCACUUGGCACCAGAUCUGGUGCUCGAUUAUUAUGAAAUUGAGCGCACUGCGCACUUGGAAGAUCGGCCCAUGGCAUUGAUGCAAUGUGCAAUGGAGGAGAACUGUGUGGCUAAUGAAGCUUACGAUAUACAACGUGAUGAUCCCGAUUGGCGCUAUGUGACGCGGCGACUGCUGAAGUUCACUGCUAGUGCUUUGAAUACGGGUAACAUUGAUUUUCGUCCAUUCAAGGAGAAGAGUAUGUGGGAGUGGCACAUGUGUCACAUGCACUACCACAGCAUGGAGGUGUUUGCCACCUUCGAUAUCUAUGACAGAUCAGGAGUCAAGGUGGCCCAGGGUCAUAAGGCCUCCUUUUGUCUGGAGGAUAGCCAAUGCCUACCGGGCAUACCCAAGAAGUACAACUGCGCCAAUUUCGGUGAUCAAGGUAUUUCCGUCAAUUGUUCCGAUGUCUAUCUGUAUAAUUUGGACUGCCAGUGGGUGGAUAUCACGGAAAUGAAUACCGGUUCCUACACACUGAAAAUUGCCAUAAAUCCCGAAUUUAAAGUAGCCGAAAUGAAUUUCGAUAACAAUGCUGCCAUUUGCAAUCUGCUGUAUACCGAUACCUAUGCUCGGGUCGACAACUGUAGAUUAGUUAGACCGUGAAGUAAUGCCCCAAAGACACCAAAACAGAAAUUGUCAUUAAGUUGCCAACAAAACAGCAGUCAAGUGAUUGAUGCGCCUGUGAACUCUUUCGUAGCCCUGACUGCUGUUUGUGACCUCAUUAAGGUGACUUAAACAUAGUUUCUGUAUGACGUCAAGUGCCUUCAGUGAUUACUUCACGCAAAUAUACGGCUGCGAAAAACAAACAAAAAAAAAAAAAAACAAAUUCAAACUGUGCCAAAUACUUUAAAACCAAACUGUACUUAAUUUAAACAAAACAAAGAAAACUAUUAAAAAAUAAAAAAAAAAAAAACAAAUAAACAAUAAAUCAUAAAAAUUCUAAUCUUUCUGUGCUUGCCUGUGUGUGUGUGUGUAGGACAGGUCACAGCAAAUGCCUUAUCUAAAACUCAA